CUCAUUCUUCAACACACAAACGGCUCUCAACACAGCCUCAUAUUCAUUCAUUUCUACAAAAAUCUCAUGGCUGCCACUCUCUCCGUCCGGCCCAACCGCCUCUCCGCCGGUUCACCCUUCCCUCGACCGUCCCCGGUUCACCUCCUCAGCCCCACCCAUCUCUCUUCGUUAAAACCCGCCAAAACAAUUGACCUUUUCCGAGGCGUAAACAUUUUGUCCCUGCGCGCGUCGGCCGGAGUUGCCAGAGCCGGCUCCCGAGCCGACGACUCGGCUCCGUUUGAGAUGUCGGUGGAAAACGCACUUAAGCUGCUUGGAGUGUCGGAAACGGCAUCGUUUGAUGACAUACUUCGCGCCAAAAACUCGAUUGUUGCUAACUGUAAAGAUGACCAGGAGGCGAUUGCACAGGCUGAGGCUGCGUAUGACAUGUUGCUUAUGAGGAGCUUGACUCAGCGCCGGGCAGGAAAAGUUGUGGAUAGUAGCAUACGGUAUGCUGAUGUUAACCCUGUGAACGCUUCUGGGACAGGAUCAAUGCCUCCGUGGUUGCAGACUACUUUGAAGAAGUCAUCUGUUUCGGUAGAAACACCAGCAACUAAAGAUUUGGGCAUUCAAGCAGGAGUAUAUGGAGCUUUGAUGGUGUUAACUUAUGUUAACGGAGCUUCUACAUUCUCUGCUGCACCCUAUGCUGGGGCUGAUAUUCCUGGGCUGAUCUUGGCAAGUAGCUUCGGGGCUUCAUUGUAUUUCAUGACAAAGAAGAAUGUUAAGUUAGGGAAGGCCACUGUAAUAACCAUAGGAGGGCUUGUUGCUGGUGCAGUGGUGGGCUCAGCAGUUGAGAACUGGUUGCAGGUAGACAUUGUCCCAUUUCUCGGCAUACAUUCCCCUGCUACUGUAGUUAGUGAAUUUGUACUUUUCUCUCAAUUUUUGGUCUCCCUGUACUUAAGGUAGUGCUAAGAGGAGAUUGUAAUUAACUAAUUGUAGCAUGAAUUGUAAAACCUGUAAUUAUUCAUUUGCAUGAUCAUACCGCCAGCAUUUUUUAGGAUGUGUAUCAUUGCAUAUUGUACAAAACUUGAAAUAGAAUGUAGUGAAGCCUAAGCUAUUUUAAUUUUUAAAACCUACUUGAGAAUU